AUGCCGGAACCGUGUUAUGAUGGGCGUUGUUUACUUCCGAUUACAGAUAAGCACCAAUUCAAACCCGAACACAUGCUGUACAGAUUCCGAUACGAUGAUGGAACAUACUACCCCAGAAAUGAGAUGCAGGAUGUGAUCUCUAAGGGUGUGCGACUGUACUGUCGCCUUCACAGUCUGUUUACUCCAGUAAUUAGGGAUAAAGAUUAUCACUUGAGAACCUACAAAUCUGUGGUCAUGGCUAACAAACUCAUAGACUGGUUGAUUGCACAGGGGGAUUGCCGGACGAGGGAGGAAGCUAUGAUAUUUGGUGUAGCUCUGUGUGAUAACGGGUUUAUGCACCAUGUGUUAGAGAAAAGCGAAUUUAAAGAUGAACCACUGCUGUUCCGUUUUUAUGCGGAUGAAGAAAUGGAAGGGUCAAAUAUGAAGCACAGACUCAUGAAACAUGAUCUGAAAGUAGUGGAAAAUGUCAUUGCCAAGUCACUACUGAUUAAGUCUAAUGAAGGCACCUAUGGUUUUGGUUUAGAAGAUAAAAAUAAGGUGCCAAUUAUUAAAGUGGUGGAGAAAGGAUCAAAUGCUGAGAUGGCAGGCUUGGAAGUUGGGAAAAAAAUCUUUGCCAUUAAUGGUGACCUGGUUUUUCUGCGCCCCUUCAGUGAAGUGGAUUCCUUCCUGAAAGCAUGUUUAAACAGCAGAAAGCCCCUGCGGGUUCUUGUGAGCACUAAACCACGGGAGACAGUGAAGAUUCCUGACUCUGCAGAUGGACUUGGGUUCCAAAUCCGGGGCUUUGGCCCAUCAGUUGUCCAUGCUGUUGGGAGAGGAACGGUGGCAGCUGCGGCAGGUCUCCACCCUGGCCAAUGUAUAAUCAAAGUGAAUGGAAUUAAUGUCAGCAAAGAGACUCACGCAAGUGUAAUUGCUCAUGUCACGGCGUGCAGGAAGUACAGGCGGCCAAUGCAGCAAGAUUCUAUACAAUGGGUUUACAACAGCAUUGAAAGUGCACAGGAGGAUCUUCAGAAAACAAACACCAAGCCCUCUGGAGAUGACGGAGGAGAUGCCUUUGACUGCAAAGUGGAAGAGGUAAUUGACAAAUUUAACACAAUGGCAAUAAUUGAUGGAAAGAAAGAUCACGUGAGUCUGACUGUUGACAAUGUUCAUCUGGAGUAUGGAGUGGUUUAUGAGUAUGACAGCACAGCUGGAAUAAAGUGCCAUGUGUUAGAAAAAAUGAUUGAACCAAAGGGAUUUUUCAGCUUGACUGCAAAGAUUCUUGAAGCACUGGCAAAAAGUGAUGAACAUUUUGUGCAGAAUUGCAACAGCCUCAAUUCCUUAAACGAAGUGAUCCCCACCGAGCUUCAAAGUAAAUUCAGUGUCAUUUGCAGUGAGAAAAUUGAGCAUAUCUACCGAAGAAUCUCUAGUUAUAAAAAGUUUUCGAGAGUAUUAAAAAACAGAGCUUGGCCUACCUUCAAACAAGCUAAGUCAAAGAUUUCACCACUUCACAGCAGUGACUUCUGCCCAACCAAUUGCCAUAUCAAUGUGAUGGAAGUGUCUUACCCUAAAACCUCAACUUCCCUUGGUAGUGCCUUUGGUGUACAAUUAGACAGCAGAAAACAUUCUUCCCAUGAAAAGGAAAAUAAAAACACUGAUCAAGGUAAACUGAAUCCCAUGAUCUAUGUCCAGCAUACCAUUACUACUAUGGCUGCCCCUUCAGGACAGUCUCUUGGCCAGCAAGAGGGCCAUGGUCUGAGGUACCUCUUAAAAGAAGAAGAUUUAGAAACACAAGAUGUCUAUCAAAAAUUGCUGUUCAAAUUACAAGCUGCACUGAAAGAGGUGGAAACAUGUGUCUGUCAAAUUGAUGACCUUCUUUCUUCAAUAACAUAUUCUCCCAAAUCAGAACGUAAAACACCUGAGCCUUUAAUACCGGCAGACAGUGAUAAUGAAAAGGGGGAAAGGAAUGGGAAGAAAGUCUGUUUCAGUGUGACAGGUGAUGAACAAGAAGAUUCUGGUCAUGAUACCAUCAGCAACAGGGAUUCUUACAGUGAUUGCAACAGCAAUAGGAACUCCAUUGCCUCAUUCACCAGCAUUUGUAGCAGUCAGUGCAGUUCCUAUUUUCACAGCGAUGAAAUGGAUUCAGGCGAUGAGCUUCCCAUAAGUGUUCGAAUCUCCCAUGAUAAGCAGGACAAGCUCCAUAGCUGUUUGGAGCAUCUUUUUGGUCAAGUUGAUUCAAUCGUCAAUCUUCUGAAAGGACCAGCUGUGAUGAGGGCCUUUGAGCAGACAAAAUAUUUUACACCAGGUCGAGGCCUCCAAGAGUUUCAGCAGUAAAUGGAACCGAAGCUUAACUGUCCAAAGAGGCUACGACUCCACAUCAAGCAAGACCCUUGGAACCUCCCCAGCAGCGUCCGGAGUCUUGCCCAGAAUAUCAGAAAAUUUGUUGAAGAGGUGAAGGCACGAAUACUCUUGGCACUUCUUGAGUAUACAGACAGCGAGAUACAGCUAAGGCGAGACAUGGUCUUCUGUCAGAGCCUGGUGGCCACAGUCUGUGCUUUUUCAGAGCAACUAAUGGUGGCCUUAAAUCAGAUGUUUGACAACAACAAAGAGUAUGAGAUGGAGACGCUGGAGGCCAGCAGAAGGUGGUUGGAACAGAUAGCCAGUGCGGGGCUUCUCCUUCAUUUCCAAUCCCUGCUCUCGCCUAACCUGGCUGAUGAGCAAGCCAUGCUAGAAGAUACAUUGGUUGCACUGUUUGACUUGGAAAAAGUUACUUUUUACUUCAGACAAUCAGAGCCAGAACCACUAGUUGCGAAUGUACCGAUCACAUACCAAGCAGAAGGAAGCCGGCAAACCCUGAAGGUUUACUUCUACCUUGAUAGUUACCAUUUUGAACAGCUUCCUCAAAGGCUGAAGAAUGGAGGGGGAUUUAAAAUCCACCCAGUACUUUUUUCACAAGCAUUGGAGAGCAUGGAAGGAUAUUAUUAUAGAGACAGUGUCUCAGUAGAAGAAUUUCAAGCUCAGAUUAAUGCAGCUUCAUUAGAAAAAGCCAAGCAGUAUAACCAGAAACUACGGGCAUUCUACCUGGACAAGUCAAACUUGCCUCCAAAUUCAACAUCUAAAGCGGCUUAUAUAGAUAAGCUGAUGAGGCCUCUCAAUUGCUUGGAUGAACUUUACCGACUCAUAGGGUCCUUUAUCCGAUCCAAGCGCACGGCUGCCUGUGCAUACACUGCGUGCAGCGCUUCUGGAGUUGGAUUGCUUUCAGUGUCGUCUGAACUCUGUAGCAGGCUUGGAGCUUGUCACAUCAUUAUGUGCAACAGUGGGGUCCACCGCUGCACUCUGAGCGUUACCCUGGAGCAGGCGAUCAUUCUGGCUCGAAGCCACGGGCUACCUCCUCGCUAUAUCAUGCAAGCUACGGAUGUCAUGCGCAAACAGGGUGCGAGAGUACAAAACACAGCCAAGAAUUUAGGAGUGAGGGAUCGAACGCCACAAUCUGUGCCAAGGUUGUACAAGCUAUGCCAGCCACCACCACCUGUUGGAGAAGAAUGA